CCAGUCUCCGCGCCGCGCGCCAGCGAGGACGAGCCUCUGGCCCCGGCGGCCCGCGUCUGCCCCCACCCCCCCGGACGGCGGCGCGCCGGGGGCCCGGGCGGUGGAGGGAGCCUGGACCCCGGGGCGGCCUCGGAGCAGCGAGCGCGCUUCUGAGCAGCUCGUCAGCCCAGGAUGGGGAACCACGCAGGGAAGCGAGAGUUGGGUGCAGAGAAAGGCGGUAAGGACAGUGAAACUAACAGAGGAGAAUCUGAGAAAAAGAGAAAACUUCUCACCCUUUCCCAGGGGACCUCGGAAGACAACGACGUGUUUGGAGAGGCAGAUGUGGGCCCGAACAAUGGGACCCGCUCUCAGGGAACAGCGGUGACAGACUCCAAGCGCACAGUGGACCCAAAGAACGCCUGGCCGGACGCCAACCCAGCUGACCCCGGGGGCCGCCCCCACUUGGUCCGCCUCUUCUCCCGAGAUGCUCCAGGCAGGGAGGACAACACCUUCAAAGACAGGCCCUCGGAGUCAGACGAACUCCAGACCAUCCAAGAAGACAGUGCAGCCCCUGCCGAGGGCCUGGAUGCAAUGGCGUCACAGAAGAGACCCUCCCAGAGGCACGGGUCAAAGUACCUGGCCUCUGCCAGCGCCGUGGAUCAUGCCAGGCAUGGCUUCCUGCCCAGGCACAGAGACACGGGCAUCCUGGACUCCCUCGGGCGCUUCUUUGGUGGCGACAGGGGUUCGCCCAAGCGGGGCUCAGGCAAGGUACCCUGGCUCACGCAGAGCAGGAGCCCUCUGCCCUCUCAUGCCCGUAGCAAGCCCGGGCUGUGCAACAUGUACAAGGAUGGGCACCACGCGGCCAGAACCACCCACUACGGCUCCCUGCCCCAGAAGUCGCACGGCCGGCCCCAAGAGGAGCACCCGGUUGUCCACUUCUUCAAGAACAUCGUGACACCUCGCACACCUCCUCCAUCGCAAGGAAAGGGCCGGGGACUGUCCCUGGGCAGACUUAGCUGGGGGGCCGAGGGGCAGAGGCCGGGAUUCGGCUAUGGAGGCCGGGCUUCCGACUACAAAUCUGCUCACAAGGGGCUCAAGGGGGCCCAUGACGCCCAGGGCACGCUUUCCAAGAUCUUCAAACUGGGAGGAAGAGACGGCCGCUCCGGGUCGCCCAUGGCUAGACGCUGAGGCCCCGCCUCGCCACCGAGCCCCGUCCUGCGCUUCCUAACCCACCGCGCCCGAUCCUAACGCGCUCGCCCCCUUCCCAGUCGCAGCAGCGACCUCGCCUAACGCCCGCGGCGCCGGCACGCGCCCCCUGCAGGCCGCUCCUGGCCCGGCAGCGGCUCGGCGCGGGCGCGGACGGAACCGGCCCCGGACCCCCGCCGCCGGGCCCGCGGGCCGUGCGGGCACCGCCGUGGAGACGCUGCCGCGGGGACGGGAGCGCGGGGGGCUGCGUCCCUCCGGCGGGCCGGCCCUGCCUGCGCGCCCCGGGAGCACGGCCCGGGGACGCGCAGGCCGGGAGGCUCGCACCGAGGCGGCUUCGGUACGUGGCGGCGGCGGGCAGCUGAGACGAGCCCAGGCGGCGGCCCGGCCGGGGCGCCGCACGCAGACGAGAUGGGCGCGGGGCGCGGCGGAGGCCGGGCGGCGGCCUCGAGCGGGACACGGAUCUUGGGGACGUCGGGAGCCCGGGCACCGGCGCGGCCUCGGCGACGGGCUGUGUCCCGCCGGAGCCCGGCCGACGGUGCGGGGAGACGCGUCGUCUCCGAGCGGCACGAGGAGUUUUCUGGUGGCCUCGCAGUGCACACUGGUCUUGUGGACGGCGGACGGUGGCCCGCGGCGCGUCACCACGGCGGUGCCCGUGACCUACUAACCCCCUGCCCGCCCGCUAACCCUGCCCCCACGCCGCCCCCCGGUAACGUGCUGACCCCCGAGCUGCGCAGCGCGCACGGGCCGCGCGAAGAGCCCGGGCUGCCGCCCGUCUCCCAGAGCGAAGAUGCGGAGCAGCCGCGCGACGCCGGAAGGCCGCUAACCCGCUUCUAACCCGACCGAGCGGCGUGCAUUUAACACGGUUAACACACAGCCCAGUCCUGACGGUAAGAGAGAGAAGCAAGGAACACAUGUUUGGAAACAAAACCUCCAGGUCGCCCGGCACGCGCUCCACCACUUGGAGCCGAGCGACCGUCCGUGGCCCCGCGGGAGGGCGCGCACUGUGGCGACGGGCCCCGGGGAGAGCACCGUCCCCGAGUGUCACAAUAAAGCAAACGUUCAACGA